AUGGCCGUCGAUAUCAGGACACAGGGCCUUCAGAAGCCCGUUUCCGUAGCAGAGUAUCUGUUUGCAAGACUAUACGAGAUUGGCAUUCGCUCGGUUCACGGCGUCCCGGGCGACUUCAACCUGGUCGCGCUGGACUUCCUCCCAAAGGCCAAGCUGAAGUGGGUGGGCAGCGUCAACGAACUCAAUGCAGCCUAUGCAGCUGAUGGCUAUGCGCGCACCAAUGGCAUUGGAGCCCUCAUCACCACCUUUGGUGUCGGCGAGCUGUCGGCCAUGAACGGCAUCGCCGGCUCCUUCUCGGAGCAUGUCCCCGUCGUGCACAUUGUCGGCUGUCCGUCCACAGUCUCGCAGCGCAACGGCAUGCUGCUGCAUCACACGCUCGGCAACGGUGAUUUCAGCGUCUUUGCGAACAUGAGCUCCCAGGUCACAUGCGAAUUGGCCAAACUGAACAAGCCGGCCGAGAUCGCUGACCAGAUAGACAACGCGCUGCGCGAGUGCUGGAUCCGCAGCCGGCCCGUGUACCUCAUGCUGCCGACCGACAUGGUGGAGAAGAAGAUCGAGGGCGCCCGCCUGGACCAGCCUAUUGACCUCAGCGAGCCGCCCAACGACCCAGAGCGUGAGGACUACGUGGUGGACGUCGUGCUGCGCUACCUCCACGCCGCCAAGAACCCCGUCAUGCUGGUAGAUGCGUGCGCCAUCCGGCACAGGGUCCUCGGCGAGGUGCGCGAUCUGAUCGAGAAGACCAAGCUGCCCGUGUUCGUGACGCCCAUGGGCAAGGGCGCCAUCGACGAGAGCUCGCCCACGUACGGCGGCGUGUAUGCGGGGACCGGAUCGCAGCCCGGCGUCGCCGAGCGGGUCGAGUCAUCCGACCUGGUGCUGUCCAUCGGCGCGCUCAAGAGCGACUUCAACACGACGGGCUUCUCGUACCGCACCUCGCAGCUCAAGACGAUCGACUUCCACUCGACCCACUGCGUCGUGCGCUACUCCGAGUACCCCGGCGUGACGAUGCGCGGCGUGCUCCGCAAGGUGACCGAGCGUGUUGACGUGGGCAAGCUGGCUAAGCAGCACGAGGUGACCAAGGUCGUCAACGAGGUGGCCGAGAAUCGUGACAGCUCAGACACCAUCACGCAGGCAUUCUUCUGGCCCCGCGUCGGCGAGUAUCUGAAGGAGAACGACAUUGUAGUCACCGAGACGGGCACCGCCAACUUUGGCAUCUGGGAAACAAAGUACCCCCGGGGAGUAACUGGCGUCACCCAGAUCCUCUGGGGCAGCAUCGGCUGGUCACUCCCCGCAGCGCAGGGAGCCGCGCUGGCUGCCAAGGACAUGGGCGUGGACCGCCGGACGAUCCUGUUUGUCGGCGAUGGAUCGUUCCAGCUUACCUGUCAAGAGGUGGCAGUUAUGAUCAGACAUAAUCUGAAAAUCACCAUCUUCCUCAUCUACAACGAGGGUUUCACCAUCGAGAGGUUCAUCCACGGCAUGGAGGCCGAGUACAAUGAUAUUUCGCGAUGGCAGUACACCGAGGUGCCGACCGUGUUCGGCGCGUCUGACAAGCAAGUCCGCAAGUUUAUCGUCAAGACCAAGCAUGAGCUCGAGAAGCUGUUGACAGACAAGGAGUUCAACGAGGCCGGGGGUCUGCAGUUUGUCGAGCUCUGGAUGCCAAAAGAGGACGCGCCUAGGGCACUGAGGAUAACGACCGAGGUUGCCGCGAGGAAUAAUGCGAAGGCCGAGUGA